UCAGCCACUCUGACAGCUGUGCAGCUACCCCACGUACGUGCUCAUAUCCGGAGACAGACAGAGAGGGAGAGAGAGGCAGAAAGACAGAGAGAGAGGGAGAGAAAGAGAGGGGAGAGGCUGACGUCUGUCUUUUUAGCUCCGCAGACGCGUGCGUGACCCAUCUGCUCCUGGAUUUCCCUUCAACUUUUUUUCCUUUUUUUUUUUUUUUUAGGUUUCUCUUUCCUUACUGUUUUCCUCCUUGGUCCCCGCCGUCCUCUCUGGAAUGAUCUGUUUCGCUGCCAGCGUCGUUUCCAUGUCAGCAUGGGAACCACCGUGUCCAAGAGGAAGAAUUUAAGAAACGAUGCGAUAUCCUCUGUGGCGGCAAAAGUUAGAGCAGCGCGAGCAUUUGGAGAGUACCUGUCCCACACACACCCUGAAAACCGAAACGGAUCAGCUCAUCUUCUCUGUGAAACCUUGGUGGGUCCUGAUCCGGAGUCGCCGAGUGACACCGUCGGCCCCAAUAACAACAACCACCUCCAUUCCUGCUCCGGCACCAAGGACUGUGAAAAGACCCUUGAGCGCAGCUCAGUGAAGCAGCCUGUGGGCCUCCUCCAGCCCGCUCCUCCUUCCAUAACCAUUUCUACGAAGCCAGCGCCCCUGUCCCUGGAACGCAGCUUCUCAGCAGAGGAAGACCAGCAGAAGUGUGUUGAGUGCGCCUUGCAGCCCGCCCGCGUCUACACCAUCACCAGCGAGCACGGUAUGCUGAUGAGCAGCGGCCGGGGCAGCAAGGAGAGCCUCGAACUGGACGUCCUCAAGGAGAAGUCGGGGAGUGGCGGGGUGGGAUCCCGAGGCGGCUCCAUCCAGCCCUCCACCUCCCCCUCCUCGGCCUCGUCGUCGCCGACCCAGUACCACCGCUCCGGCGGCGGACGCGGCGCCGGCGGCUCGGCGGGGCCCCACCACCACAGCAACCACCACCACCACGGGAAUCACCACCACCACGUUCUGUCGAGCGCGUCGAACGCUCCGUCCGGCAGCGGAGCAGGUGGAAGCAGCGGCGGCAGUGGAGGCAGCAGCCAGCAGCAGCUCACCGUUGCGAUGUCCCACUCCCAUCAUGCAUCGCACCACCACGGCCACCACCACCACCACCUGGCCCAGCCGCCGCUGCAGACCUCCGUCAGCGCGCACAACAUCCGGAGCUGGGGCGAGGGCGGGAAGGGGGAGGCGGAGUGCAGCGGGCUAGCUUGCGAGUCGUGCGGCGGCGCGCCGUCGCGCAGCCAGGGAUCGCUGGACCUGGAGAGCGCGUCCCGAGAGGCAGGCAAGCAGCACCGACGCCUAGAGCGGAUGUGGAGUGUGGACCGGGUGACUGGGCUGGAGAGAGACGACACUAACUGGUUUCCCAAGGAAAACAUGUUCAGCUUUCAAACUGCCACAACCACCAUGCAGGCGAUAUCGAACUUCCGGAAGCAUCUUCGGAUGGUGGGCAGCAGAAGGAUUAAAGCGCAGACAUUCGCUGAACGUAGAUCGAAGAGUUUCAGCCGUUCCUGGAGCGAUCCCACCCCUGUCAAGACUGACUCUCCCAAUGAGCCCAGAGACAGUGGAGAACUGCAGACUUCCUGCAGCACUCUGGACGAGGGAGGCCUCGACGACAAUGUGGACUGGGAGGAGGAACGGGAGCUGGAGCGGCUGGCCUGUGAGGGGGACGACUUUGUUCCUCCCAAAAUCAUGCUGAUCUCCUCAAAGGUCCCCAAGGCGGAGUACGUUCCCACCAUAAUCCGCAGGGAUGAUCCUUCCAUCAUCCCCAUCCUCUACGACCAUGAACAUGCAACCUUCGAUGAUAUUUUAGAGGAAAUCGAGAAGAAACUCACAGCUUACAGGAGAGGAAGCAAGUUCUGGAGGAUGCUCAUCUUUUGUCAGGGAGGCCCUGGUCAUCUGUAUUUACUGAAGAAUAAAGUGGCAACCUUUGCAAAGGUGGAGAAGGAAGAAGACAUGAGCCAAUUCUGGAAGAGACUCAGUCGCUUCAUGAGCAAAGUCAAUCCAGAGCCAAACCUGAUCCACAUAAUGGGCUGCUACGUCCUGGGGAACCCCAACGGAGAAAAGCUGUUCCAGAAACUGAAGAAUCUGAUGAGGCCUUAUUCUGUUGAGUUCGAGUCACCGCUGGAACUGUCGGCGCAGGGCAAAGAAAUGAUUGAGAUGUACUUCGACUUUCGCCUCUACCGCCUUUGGAAAACUCGCCAACAUUCGAAACUCUUGGACUAUGAAGACUUUUUGUGACAAAGACACCUGGAUAAUGGGAGCAGCAGAGCCCUCCAGUGCCAGAACGAACCUGUUGAAACUGAUCCAGCAACUGCGCAUUGCUCCACUGUAGUGCUCGGCCCGUCAAGUCAAUAUACACAGUCACGCCUGCUUUCAUCCUGGAGAGGGCUGGGAGAGGACAAGAGGCAAUAGCAGAACAAAGAGGCUGAAGAUAAUGUAAAUUAUGCUGUGCCUCUGCUCUCCCUCGUUUCCAGAGUGAGGAUAGCGGACUACUACUGCAAAAAUAGCCAAAACAUGACCUAAAAUCGGGAAAAAGCCAGAGACAGCAGGACUUUCCACAUAAUAUUCACCAAAUCUGACUGCCGCUUGAGUUCGAAAGUCCGAAAUUCAAAUGUAUAAAAAGGAAAUACCAUUUUUGUCAUGGCUCUGUUGCAAGGAUGUACUCUUUUGAAGUCGACAUGCUUCAGAAAAAUUGUUCAAAGACAUCCAGUCAUAAUGUGGUUCUGUGUUUUGAUUGGACCCCUCAGAUAAUCUCACAUCCUGGAAACAUACAGACACAUAAAUAACCCAUACGUCGAUGUGUGUGUAUAUAUAUCACAUGAAUAUAUUAGCAUAGCUUUAGUCAUGCAAAUAAUACUCUACAUGAGAUGAAUGAGACAUCAUUUAUUUUUGAUGUGCAUUGUUGUGCAGUUUCAUAUGAAAAUAACUCAGGUUUUAGCCAUGAAGUAAUUAUUCCGUUUGUCGAUCCUAUCAAGAUAUUGUAUUCCUCAUCGCCAUCACUUUGAAUGAAUGUAUUAUCUUUUUAGAAAACGUGUCUUUGGUUUACGAACUGAACUUUGUGAUUUAGGGGAGGAGAAAUACAAUGUGCUGAGUUUUUUUUUUUUUUUUAAUGUGCGUGUUUUCCAUGUUAAACGAAAAGAAAACAUGCCGAUGUGUGUAUUUUCUCCUCAAGCAAAAACGAUCACCAGACAUCCUGCUCACGCGCAUCUGUAUCAUAUGCAUCAGAACACAGAGACUCAUUGUAUGACUCAUGAUGUCAAGAGGGAUGUAACAGCCAUCCGAGCUCUCCUGCCCCUGUUCUGGAGGAGAACUGCGAAUCCCUCCUGCUUACGUUGCAGAAGGUUCAGGCCACUUAGCUGGCCCCCGUCAUUACCGCUGGCCGCUCUCGCUCUCUGCCAAAACACUCCUGGCUUCGCUCAACCCGGCAGCCGAACGAGCUUCCGCCACCUCUCACUUCUUUUUUUUUUUGUUUUUUGGGCCGUGAUCCAGUUCGAGGACCAGAGCUCUCUGAACU